AUGCAUGACAAUAAUUUUUUAGAAGAUUUGUAUGAUAUAAAGUUUGAGGAUUUUUUAAAUGAUUUUAUUUUAUUUAAAAAUGAGAAAAUUCUAACAAAAAAUAGCAGUGUGUUAGAUAAUGAUAGAGUAAAUUCAACUGAACAAAAAGAUUUACAUGAAAAAAGUAAUUUAAUUUAUUGUUUGGCAAAUAAUAUUUUAAAUAAUAAACCGAAUAUUCAUCUUUUUAGAAGGAUAUAUUGGCCUCUUUUACUAGGUAUUUAUAAAUGCAAUAAUUUAGAAGAUUUAAUAAAAGAAAUACAAAAAAGAAGGAAUUUAUAUAAGCAGGAUAGAGAAGAAUAUAUAAUUAAACAAACAAACUUAAAUAUUCAAAAGUUAGACCCUCAAAUUUUUCAUCCAUUAUCAUCCGAUGAUAAAAAUCCAUGGACAUUGAAAAAAAAAAACCAAGAAUUAAAUGAAGAAAUAAAACAAGAUAUUUUAAGAACUUACUCAGAAAAAAAAAUAUUUCAAAAUGAAGAAAUAAGAAACACAUUAAAUAAAAUAUUAUUUGUGUGGGCAAAAAAAAAUCCAUCAAUAUCAUAUAAACAAGGUAUGAACGAAAUCGUAGCUAUUUUAUUUAUAGUUAAUUAUCGUGAGCAAAUUCAUAAUGAUUUUUCAAAUUAUGAAAAUAAAAAAUAUUAUAAAGAAUUCUGUUUAUUAUUUAACAAAGAGGAAAUAGAAUCAGAUACUUAUAUAAUAUUUGAUCAUUUUAUGCAUAUGGGAUUGAAAUAUUUAUUUACAUCAGUUGAUGAAAAAAAAAUGCAAUCAUCAAAAAAUUCCUGUAAAACUGUAUUAUUACAAAAAUGUACUUAUAUUUUUCAUAAAUUAUUAAAAAACUCAGAUAAGUUAUUAUAUAACCAUUUAAUAUCAUUAAGUAUUGAACCACAGAUUUUUUUACUUAGAUGGAUUCGUCUUUUUUAUUGUAGAGAAUUUCAAAUUGAUGAUACAGUUAUUUUGUGGGAUAAUUUUUUUUCAGAUUGUUACUUAAAAAACUGUGAAAAUGAUUUUUUUUUUGACUUUAAAGGAGAUAAUAUAGAAAUAGCUCAUCAAACUUCUAAUGUUUUUCCUUUGGUUGAUUAUUUUGCUAUUUCUAUGAUUUUGUUUAUAAGAUCCUUUUUAUUAGAAAAUGAUGAAAAUUUUUGUUUAAAAAGACUAUUUAAAUAUCCACCAGUUGAGAAUAUAAGAAUAUUAAUAGAUUUAACAUUUAAAAUUAAAUCUAGAAAUGAAAAAAAAGAAAAAAAUAUAAAGAAUGGUGAUGUAUCAAUGGAAAAUAAAGUUAAUCCUGUAAAAAUUAUAAAAAGUAAUAAUUUCAACACAAGUAUGAAUUCUAAUACAUAUAAUAGUUUAAAUGAAUAUCAAAAUAAUAAUAAUAUAAAAAAUAAUCAUGAUAAUUAUAUAACUAAUGAGAGUAUAGAAAGAAAUAAAUAUAAACCUAAUUUUAAUGUUCUCACAUUGAAUAAAGAAGUAAAAACUUAUGGUAUAUCAAAAACUUUAUCUAAUAUGAAUAAUAAACUAAAUAAAGUUAUAGAUAAUUUAAAUAUUUUUUCUUUAAACUUAAUAAAUGAAAAUCAACGUAUGCAACUUCAGCAAAAUAUAUUUCAUUUGAAUGAAAUAUAUAAUGAAUUAAAAAAUAUAGAACAUAAAUUUGAAAAAAAUGAAUCUGAAAGUGUAGGAAUUCACAAAAAAAGCGAAAUACCGAUAUAUUUGGGAUAA